AUGUCAGCAGUACGCCCACAGCUGGAAAGCCUCAACAGCACAGACCUUGGCUACCUCGUCAGGAAUCUCUCCCGUGUUGCGCAGACGGUGGCCUCCCAGCAGUGGAUUUCGUCUUCCAUCGAAGGCCUCAAGACAAACGCUUCAAGAAGUCGAGGGAAUCUUGCAACAUUGCGCAACGACGUGACCAGCAUCCAGUCGACCUUGCGUGACCGCCUGGACCCCUUGGUAGCCAACGUGAGCCAGCUGAGUACCCAGGUCGGCCUCAUCACUCCUGAAGGUGGUCAGCGCCUGCAGCAGAUCAACACCGUCAUUCAGAAUCUGCAACAAGCGAGCACGGAGGCAGUGAGCGCCCGCCAGGACCUUACCGAGCGCGUGAUCCCUGGCCUCCGGCAGGAUGUGACGCAGCUCCAGACGGGAAUCGUGGAGCUGCCGCAGCUUCGGGAUCGCAUUGAGGCCCUUGAGGCGCAGAUCAACGGCUCGGAUAUCUCGGGUUCCUCUGAGCCCUUGUCCGCCAGUGACAGCAGCACCAUCAGGAGAAUUAAGAGGAAUCUGAGGCGGCUCAACGCUCGGCUGCAAACGAACGAGUGCGCCAGCGGGCCCUGUCAGAACGGGGGCACGUGCAUCGACGGAUACAUGUCCUAUACGUGUCUGUGUCGGAAGGGUUGGACGGGCGAGAACUGCGACGAUGACUUCAACGAGUGCUACGAGUUCUUCGGGACGGAUCUGGGGUGCCAGAACGGUGCCACGUGCGUCAACACACCAGGUGGUUACACGUGCCAAUGCGCAGCUGGAUGGUAUGGGGUACACUGUACCCUUAAGACCGACUCAUGCACGGCGUCCUCCGGUUCCUCCCUCUGCGGGCCUCACGGGGUCUGCAUCAACACGCCCCGUCGAGGCCACGCCUUCUCCUGCGUGUGUGAUGAGGGUUGGACUCCCGGAAACAGCACACCGGCCUGCGUGGAUGUGAACGAGUGCAGCUCCUAUCACACCCGCUGUUCCUCGCUCGUCACUUGCGUCAACUAUCCCGGAGGUUUCCAAUGUGGGCCGUGUCCUUCAGGUUACACCGGCGAUGGAUUCCAUUGCCAAGACGUAGACGAAUGUCUUGUUAACAAUGGCGGUUGCUCUCCUUACAGUAUAUGCCAUAAUACAGUGGGAGGACGCCGCUGUGGCCCUUGCUCCUCUGGAUUCACAGGCAACGGAGAAUCCUGUGUGCCUGCCCCUCGACCCUGUCAACAGUCCGCCUGCCACCCUCUCGCUACCUGCGUCGAGAAUCCACAAAUGCCCAACGGGUACCAGUGCAUCUGUCCUCUCGGCUAUCACGGCAUGGGUAUUGGCAUGUAUGGCUGCGCACCUGUUUCUGGAGGAGGAGGAGGACAGGGUUGCGAAACGCAGAUCGACGCCUGUGCCAGUAACCCGUGCCUGAAUGGUGGCACUUGCACCCCCGGACUGAAUUCCUUCACGUGUGCUUGUUCGUCCUCCCACACAGGAGAACGGUGCCAGACGGAGACCGAGCAGUGUGGAGGUUUCUUUAACACUGCGGAGGGCUCAGUAUCCUACCCUGGUGUAGAAGGAGUCAACUACAACCACAAUAUCGACUGUGUCUGGAUCAUCAGUGUCCCGAGAGGCAAGGUCAUCAACGUGACCUUUGACCACUUCCAUCUAGAGGCAUCAGGCUGUCGAUAUGAUUGGUUGCAGGUCCACGACGGCAGAAGGUCGACGUCGCCGCUUAUCGGGCGGUACUGCGGACAGACGCUUCCGGGCAACAACGGCACCGUCAUCAGCACCCACAAUAUAAUGUAUCUUUGGUUCCGCUCAGACGAGUCUUACGCCGCCACGGGGUUCAACUUUACGUGGAACGCAAGCUGUAAAUAUCAUAUAUACUGUUUAUAUUUCCCUCUCUUUGCACAUUUAUUUGCCUAUCCCUACCAUUUUCCCUUCUUAUCUCUGCACAUUUAUUUACCUAUCCCUACCAUUUUCCCUUCUUAUCUCUGCACAUUUAUUUGCCUAUCCCUACCAUUUUCCCAUCUUAUCUCUGCACAUUUAUUUACCUACCCCUACCUAAUAUCCACGUACAGACUUCCCUUCUUAUAUACAGUUUGCGGGAGUGACAUCAGGGACUUGGAAUACGGAUCGAUCAAUUCCCCGGGGUACCCUGGCAAUUAUCCACAUCUGCGUGAUUGCUACUGGACAGUAAGGGUCACACCUGGCAAGAGAAUUAGAUUCCACUUCGCAACAUUGCAGAUUGAGAACCACGCCAACUGCAGUUAUGAUUUCCUUGAGAUUCGCGACGGGCUGACGGAGACGGGGCACCUCCUGGCGAAGUACUGCUCCUCCCAGGCACCGGCGCCGCUCACUACUUCGGGAUCGGAGGCCUUCCUGCAUUUCCAUUCCGAUAUCUCCAUGACCGACACAGGAUUCCACAUAGCCUUCAGCUCGGAGCCCGGGAUCCCCGGCUGCGGAGGCCUCCUAACGAACGACAUGGGUGAAUUAUCUGUCCCUACGCUGGAUGACCGAUACCAGAACAACAUCCGGUGCGAGUGGCUCAUCCGCGUGCCUCCAGGCGAGCUCAUCCAACUCAACUUCACGGAAUUCCACCUUGAAGGACCUCUCUUCGGGAGCCGUUGCCGUUAUGACUACGUGGAGAUCCGCGACGGGGGCAGCGUGGAUAGCCCGGUCAUGAGCCGCUGGUGUGGGACGAAUCUCCCGACAGCCACGAUUUCGUCAUCAAAUCAGCUGUUCGUUAUCUUCCACGCUGACCAUUCCAUCACCGGGCGGGGUUUCACUGCCAAUUAUCGCGUGGCAUGCGGAGGCGAAUACUCUGGCUCCACGGGGCUACUCCGCUCCCCGUACCAUCCGCAGAGUUAUCCUCACAACAGGGAGUGUGUGUACGUGAUCUCCCAGCCCGUCGGGAAGGCUAUUGUGCUGAACUUCACCGAUUUCGAUAUUGAGGGAAUUCGCGACGGCAGACGAGAAACCUCGCCGCGUCUCGGGCGUUACUGCGGACCCGAAACCCACCGUCCGGACCCGAUCAUCUCGACGCACAACUACAUGUGGAUCAAGUUCGUGACGGAUGCCAGCGUCAACAACCGGGGUUUCGUCGGGAAUUACACCACGAUUGAUACGUCGUGCGGCGGCAUCAUCAGGGACCUCUCAGGGCACAUAACCUCCCCUAACAGCCCUGAUAUGUAUCCGGGCACCACAGACUGCCGCUGGAUACUCGACCUGCCUCCCGGUUACGUCAUUCAGAUCACGUGGCACACCUUCGCAUUAGGCAGUAGUUACUGUGAGAGUAAUUACGUGGAGAUCUUCGACAAUUCGUCCAUUACUGGCACCGGAGGACAGAUGGGAGAACGUUACUGUGGCAGCAACACGCCCCCGAUUAUGACGUCAUCGAGCAACCUGGUAACCAUUCACUUCCAUGACGAAUACACUUUCAGCCAAGAUUCAUUCUCGGCCAUCUAUCAUGGGAUCGAUUCCUCAACAAUGUGCGGAGGCCACUACCACACGCAGGUGGGUACCCUCACCUCGCCCAACUACCCACUCAACUACCCUAACUCCCGCACGUGUGAAUGGACCAUCACCGUUCCUCGUAGUUACCAGAUCCGACUUAUUUUCAACGAAGUGGAUAUUGAACCGUCGUCGAGCUGUUACUACGAUUAUCUGGAGAUCAGAAAUGGCGGCUACUCCACCUCUCCCUUAUUGAAGAAAAUAUGUAGCAAAAACGCAACGGUCCACGAUAUCGUAUCCCAUUCCUUCCAGCUCUACUUGAAGUUCAAAACCGACUCUUCCACGAAUUAUAAAGGAUUCAAUAUCUCUUGGGAAAUGGCCGACUCGCAAUGCGGCGGAGAACUCACAGCCGUGUCUGGAGAGUUCGUGUCGCCCGGCUACCCACAACCGUACCACAACAGCGCCCUCUGCGUGUGGCGGAUCCGUGUGGCGCAGGGUAGCAGUGUGAGGCUGAGAUUCGUCGACCUCGAUCUCGAAAAUGCCCCCAACUGCAUUUACGAUUUUGUGGAGAUCCGAGAUGGUGACAACGAGAGAGCGCCGUUACUAGGACGCCACUGCGCGACCGCCGACCGUUUCAUUGGCUAUAAUUCAACUUCUAAUAUGAUGUAUGUAUCCUUCCUCGCUGAUCAUGUUAUCAAUUCAAGAGGAUUUAAAGCUCAUUAUACAGCAGUAUGUAACCGCGAGAUCACGGGUCCACGAGGAGUCAUAACUUCCUUUAACUACCCCGACCCGUAUCCACAUGACCAGAACUGCACGUGGACGAUCAAGGUCCCCCAAGGAAACUCAAUCAAUGCCUCAUUCAGCGAUUUCGUCUUGGAAGAGUCUAUGAGUUCUGAGACCGAGUUAUGUUAUUUUGAUUUCGUGGAGCUACGUGAGGGUCGGGACAGCGAAGUGGCACGCUCCGUCAUCGGGCACUACUGCAGAAGGCACCCACCCCCGCCCAUCGCCACCUCACCCACCAUGAACGUCCUCGAGGUGAACUUCGUCAGUGAUUACAUUGUGGCUGAUAAUGGAUUCCGCCUCGAGUGGGUCGUCAAUGGUUGCGGAGGGGAGCUGACGAAGGCGAGCGGGUCCUUCAACAGCCCGAACUACCCGAACGCGUACCCGAUUAACACCGACUGCGAGUGGAAUAUCCGAACGGCCCCGGGCACCAGGAUCGAGGUCACCGUCCACGACUUCGAUCUGGAGAGCUUUGGCAACUGCGUUUUCGAUUCGCUGAAGAUCUACGGAGGCCCGGAUGCAUCUUCGCCCGAACUGCAGACGCUGUGUCACCGGCAGACGAACCCCAUUGUCGCCACCACGCAAGGCAACCAGGCUUUCCUCUCCCUUCAUAGCGAUCAGUCCGUCAGGGGAAAAGGGUUCAAUGCCACUUAUAGGACUUUGCAUGACGGAUGUGGAGGCUCUUACUCGGCUCCUGAAGGCACAAUCCACACCCCAGGAUACCCGAAUCAGGACGUCAUUAACAGCGACUGUCAGUGGACCAUCACCGUCGAUCGCCUACACAUCGUGGAGUUUAACUUUACUGACUUCGAUGUCCAGUUUAAUGCUAAUUGCAGCGACGAAUACGUAGCGGUCUAUGACGGCACAGACGCAACCGGACCCGAACUAACGAAGCGCUGUCUCGACAACCCAACGACCCCGAACUUCGUGAGGUCGACGGGGAAUUCCCUCACCGUCCGCCUCGUUUAUUCCGGGACGUCGCGAGGCCGAGGCUUCACCGCCUCCUACAAGAGGGGCUGCGGAGCGACUGUCAACGUGUCCAUGGAAGAACGCGGUGACCUCGUUUCCCCCCACUACCCCCACCUCUUCACUUCCGGUCUCAACUGCUCGUGGCAUCUGCAGGCUCCUGAGGGCUCACGAGUGAUGCUUCACAUCGCCCAUCUGGACAUACACACAAGAAUCCCGAACGUCAACAACUGCAGUAUGGACUAUGUAGCGAUAUUGGAUGGCCCUAAUAACCGCGCCCCUGAACAAGGAAGAUACUGUGGCUCUCAUACUCCACGCGCUAUAAUUUCGUCUGCAAGAUAUCUUACUGUUAAUCUGGUUACGCUGUAUGGGUUUGGUGUAGGGUUCAGGGCUGUCUAUAGCGUCCUCACCUCAGGCUGCGGAGGAGACCUGAGUUCGGUGUCGGGAGAGCUGGCCACGCCCCAUUAUCCACAGCCGUACCCGAGUCCUAUUGAGUGCGAGUGGAACGUCAAAGCUGGUCCAGGCAACCAAGUGCAACUCAACUUCGUGGAAUUCGACUUGGAAAACAGCCAAGGAUGCAACACAGACUACGUCGAGGUGCACGAGACGGACCCUGCAGGACCCUUGCUUCUCCACAACUGCUCCACCGAACUCCCGGCGCCCGUCAACGCCCACGACUCCCUCUGGAUCAAGUUCCGUUCGGACGAGACGGGCGUGGGGGCUAAGGGCUUCCUCGCCUCCUAUAGCCUGGUGUACGGCACAACCCAGCACGGCGAGAGCGGAGAGAUCGUGUCCCCCAUGUAUCCACACGUGUACAGAGGCGAGGACAUUACCUGGCGGAUCAUAGUGCCCUGGAGAAAAGUCGUCCGCAUUACCUUCUUGGAUAUGGACAUCGAGGGCAACCCUGUAGACGACACUUGUAUCUCGUCAGUGCAGGUUUUCUCAGGCUACUACGGGCAUACCGGCACUUUCUGUGGAUACGAGGCACCGCCAGAUCCCAUCUACAGCUCGUGGAACGUGGCGACGGUCAAGUUCCACACUGGGCAUCACAACGUAGGUGCCAGGUUCCGGUUCCGCUAUGACGCCGUUGACCAAGGGGUUUAUCCUCCCUCGGGGAUGGUCAGGCAAGCCGAUAGCAACUGCAGCUUCUUCAUGACUCUCAACGAAACCUCAACAGUAAUCAAGAACCCAGGUAACCCAGGCUACGCUAACAACCUCAACUGUGAGUGGGUGUUGGAAGCUCCCGCGCACUUCCGCAUGCAAAUCUACGUGUCAUACGAACUGGAGGAAUCUCAAUCUUGCCAAUACGAUCGCGUUAAUGUUUAUGAUGGCGUUGAAGGCCGGCAGACAUGGAACCUAACCCGCACGCUCUGCCGUCGGUCGCAGUGGUCUGAGAAAUUUUUCAAGUCCAGCGGCCGCUACUUGAAACUCACCUUCAUCACCGACCAUUCCGUUACUAGGAGAGGGUUCACGGCCCACAUCGCACCAAUAUGCGGAGGCUACCUACACGGCCCUGAAGGAGUUAUCGCCACGCCUAAUUACCCGGAGGACUAUGGAAAUGGACUGCGUUGUGACUGGCACAUAAGAGUCGGCUUUGGAAGGACCAUCAGGCUCGAGUUUGAUUAUUUCAAGGUGACGAACACAACGCCGGUUUGUGGCGGAGAUUACCUGCUGAUCCGAAACGGCGACAGCCCUUCCUCACCUUUCCUCGGAGCCGGGAAAUUCUGCGGCACUGCUACUCCUCAAGUCACAGAGUCAUCCUCGAACGUCCUCACUCUAGAAUUCGUUUCGGACAGCAGCGACAGUAACAAGGGCUUCAAACUACGAUACUACGAAACAGCUGACGCGUGCGGGGGCAACCACAGGCUAACAGCUGACUUGAAUCGCCUCACAAUUACGUCACCGAAUUAUCCAAACUCGCCUGAUCCACAUACCGAAUGCGCCUGGGUGAUUCUUGCACCAGCUGGCAAGGCGAUUUCACUCCACUUUGAAGGACAUUUCGAUAUUACCACGCUGGAUGGCAGCUGCGACCAGGCUUACGUGGAAGUUCGUGAUGGAGGUACCUUGUUAUCACCUCUAUUGAACACUGCCUGUGGGUCUGAGCUUCCAAGUACUCAGCACAGCACUGGAAAUAUCCUUUACGUGCGUUACUUUAAUAAUAUGACUCACCAUCACUCCGGCUUCAAGGCUGUUGCGGAAAUAGAUACCUGCGGUGGCACCUACAGCGUCCUCGAGAGCGGCGUGAUCGCCUCGCCGAACUACCCCGAGGCAUUCCCAGACAAUGUCAACUGCACCUGGAGGAUCGUAGGGCCCCUGGGACACUUCCUCAGCCUGCAAUUCCUGGAUCUGCAACUUGAAGGCGCAGAUAGCAAUCCCAACUGUACCAGUGCCAUGGGACGUGUGGUCAUUCGUGAUAAUUCGACAGAUGGUGAAGUACUUGCCCAAGCAUGCGGAACGGACCUGCCCUCCCCCGUGGAUACAUCAACCAACGUGGCUUAUGUGGUGUUCAAAGGCUUCGAUAACACGGAUCAAAGGGGUUUUAAACUCAUCUACAACGUCAGCUUAGAGGAAUGUGGUGGAGAGAUGUCAGGACCCGAAGGCGAAAUCAGGUCUCCAGGUUACCCGCACGGAUACUCCAGAAACAGGGUCUGCGUUUGGCAUAUUACUGUUCCCGAGGGGCGCCGAGUGAUGAUUGAGGUUGUGGACAUAGACCUGGCACUCGAUUACUCUGAAAUAUUUUCUGCGUAUCACUGCGGGGAUUACAUAAGGAUGCUGAAUGGACCGGAUAAAUUUUCUCCGUCGUUCUAUCCCUUUAGCAUUCUCUGCGACACCAGGGUGAGUAGUGUUAUGCGGUGUUGUUCAUUCACUCUGGUUCCACCCUUCUUGUGUGCGGCAUAUAUCGAGUGUUUCUCGUCCGGCCGGGGAUUCCGUCUGCGCUGGACUUCUGACGAACCUCAAGAGUGCGGUGGGCGACUCGACUACCCGUCUGGCGAACUGUCGACCCCAGGGCAAGAGGAAGGACUGUAUCCCCACGGUCUGUACUGCGUGUGGACCUUAGACAACCUUAAUUCUGUGAACUCCUCCUUCAGCGUGUCCGUGACCCAUCUUGACCUGGAGGAGCGUUGCUUCGACUUCAUCACGAUAGAAGGAGUCUCCCAGACCGACACCUCCGUCAACGCCAUGGGAUUCAACCUGACGUACGGCCUGAGUUCCUGUGGUGGCCAGGUGCACGGGCCCCAGAGCGUCAUCCACACACCCAACUACCCUUCGAAUUAUCCACCUAAUACCCACUGUGGAUGGUUGUUCAACUACAACGAAGGGGAACAGAUUGAUUUCGAGUUCACGGACUUCCGCCUCGAGAAUUCCAUCCACCACGACUUCGUCAGGAUCUUCAACGGCCCCCGGAGGACGUCCCCGCUCAUGCACCAGUACACGGGCACCACCAACCCUGGCAGCGUGGGCCGUUCCAUGACCAACCGCUUGAUGGUCGAGUUUCACAGCGACGCCACGAACAACGACAGAGGCUUCAGGGCGGUCGCCAGCAGGCAUAUCCGAGGGUGCGGCGGUCUGUUCCACGGCAUGUCGGGGAACUUGAGCAGCCACGCGUUCCCCCAGGAUUACCAGGGCAACUCCGAGUGCGAAUGGGUCCUCGACUUCACGCCCGGAUUCCACGCCGUGCUCACCUUCGUCGAGCGGUUCGACGUCGAGACGAGCCCUGACUGCCAGAAUGACUAUUUACAGCUCUCCCAGACCGCCGACAGAGGGCAGCGCGAACUGAGCACUUGGACACAGGUGCUAAAAACCUGCGGGAAACAGAUGCCAUCUCCUCUCACGCUUGUAGGCACGCGGGCCAGGAUCUUCUUCCACGCUAACGAGGCCGUGCAAGGCGCGGGAUUCAAGCUUAUGUGGCAGAUGGAGUGUGGCAACAACUUCACGGCGACGACCGGAGUCAUAGUCUCGCCAGGCCACCCCGGCCGCUAUGGCAACAAUCUGAACUGUGUCUAUCGUAUUCUCGCUCCUUCGGGCCAUUUUGUUAGACUCACCUUCCAGAGCUUCCGGUUGGAAGGUUCCUACAGCUGUGGAUACGACUCGAUGACGAUCUCGGACGAGACGAUGCACUGGCGGAGGCGGCAGAGGACCCUAGGCCCCUACUGCGGAACCGACAGCCCGGGAAGCCUCGCCACGAAGGGCCAAACGACAAUCACCUUCUCGACCGAUUUCUCUGUAACCUACUCAGGUUUCAUCCUGAAUUACACCAUUGAAGCAUGUGGAGGCAACAUCACAGCACCGUCGGUCAUCGAACUCCCCACCAGGCCUUCCACUUACCUUAAUAACAUGCACUGCACGUGGGACAUUUCAGCUCCUGAGGGAAAGAAUAACAUCCUUGUCCUCAGAUUCCAGAUUCUGGACCUCGAAUCCGGCUACAACUGCCCCUACGACCACGUCAGCGUCUACGAUGGGCACACUUCCGACGACUCGAAGAUGAUAUCGCGUUUCUGCGGGAAUCUCAUGAGCGCGCUCCCGACCCUGGCCGCCAACGAACGCCUCGCGAGGGUCGAGUUCCUCUCGGAUUUCUCCUACGCGAGGGAAGGCUUCAAGGCUAAUGUCGAGUUCACUUACGCGUGCGGAGGGAACGUGAACAUCUCGAGCGCGGGCGCCACCCACACUAUCCGGUCCCUUGAUGCUGAUAAUGACGGGAACUAUGAGCCUUUCUUAGACUGCCGCUGGACUGUGGUUGGCCUGGCGGAAAACGUUGUCAACCUCACCUUCACUAGGCUUGAUAUCGAGCCACCGGGAGAGAAUGAUACCAGUCCGUGUCCGUAUGAUCACGUACAGAUCUUCGACGGCCCUUCAGACAAGUCUCCCCUGAUCAGCACCCUCUGCAACAGCACGUCUCUCCCGCCCUCUGUUGUUUCUUCCACGAAUGUCAUGUACAUUCGGUUCACCUCCGAUAGCGCUAACGAGAGGGCUGGUUUCACUGCGACUGUGUCCAAUAUCGCUCACCCGUGCGGCAGCUCCGCCCUGACGGCCACCAACCACACGCAGACGAUCGAAUCCCCCGGUUAUCCGAACCAGUACCAGACCAGUAUCCGGUGUCGCUGGACCAUCACGGCGCCGGAGGACACUCAGGAUAUUCAUGUUGAAUUCACCGACAUGAAUCUCGAGUCUUCGGCGAAAUGCGCCAAGGACUACCUCGAAAUUUCCGAGCUCUUAAACGACAACAGAGAUUCUCGCAUCACAACGGGAUACACGCGGUGGACUAUUGACAUCGGGGGGAGACUAGCACUCACCACUCUACCCCAAACUCACCCCAGACUCUCCACUUCACCCCAAACUCACCCCAGACUCACCACUUCACUCUCAUUAACAUCACCAACUCACCCCAAACUCACCCCAGACUCUCCACUUCACCCCAAACUCACCCCAAUCUCUCCCUCUCCCUUCCAGCGGCCGUACGGAGCGGACCACACGUACUGCGGGUCAACACUCCCUCACUCCUACGACUCCUACAGUAACUCCCUGCAGAUGCGAUUCCAGAGUGAUGAGACAGUGACAGCGCCGGGAUUCAGGAUGCAGUAUUCCAUCUCAACUUGCAAUAGGACUUAUAGCGCUUCUUCAGGCUACGUAAAAAUAUCAUGGAGUGAUACCUGCUUCACCACCUUCCAGGCUCCUCCAGGCUCCUACGUCAAUCUCUAUUUCCGUUCAUCGUACGUGAGGUCUAGCGAGAAUUGUGCUAAUGGAGCGCUUAAGGUAUACGACGGUGCCUCUAACUCAGACACACUCCUCCUCUCCUACUGUGGAUAUCGCCUACCUGGCCCUGUGUUCUCAACGGGAAAUACCCUUUAUAUGGAAGUCACAACACGGUCUUACCUGGAACUGACUUACGUAACGACGAAUCAGUCCAAUGGAUGCGGAGGGUCAAUGUUCGUGUCGCACCAAGCCAAGUUAACGAGUCCAAACUAUCCCUCUCCUUCUGCGGAAAAUUUGGACUGUAUGUUUACUGUUAUGGUACUGCAGAGUCUCCACGUGGCUAUCCAUGUUACAGUCAACUUCGGCGGCCCCGGUCAGUGUAACAGCACAUACCUUGAACUGUAUGAUGUCAGUGCUGAUGGUAGCCCUGUGCUCUUCAAUACCUUGUGUGGAGAUGAAACCAACGUCGCGACGCACUUGGCACCCAGCAACAAAAUGGCCAUGAGGUAUGUGACAGGUGCCGGGAACCAGACAGGCACCGGAUGGGAGAUUUCGAUUCAAGGAGCCGAACCACACGAGACCACAGUCUUUGAUGACGACGAGGAAGAAGAACCUGUGACGGUGAGUUCGUGAAUCCAGGAUAUGAUUUCAGAUGCAUAGAAAACGUCCCUUGCUUUCUUAGGAUACAGGACAUAGAAAACGGAUUUUGCUCCACGAGGAUACACUUCAUUGACUUCAGACGUAAAGAAAACGUACCUUCACGAAAAUACAAGACUUCACUGACUUCAGAUUUAUAGAAAACGUGCCCUGCCUUCAAGAGGAUACAAGACUUCAGUGACUACAGUUACAAAGAAAACGUACCUUGCUCUAUGAGGAUACAAGACAUCAAUACUUCAGAUGCAAAGAAAACUUACCCAGCUCCUACAAGAACAUAAAUUUUCAGUGAUUUGAUUUAUGAAGAGAACACUUCAUCGUGACGCAAAUCAUUUACUAAGUAAUUCCAGCUCAUAGCAGCUUAAACUUUUCGGUAUAUGCUUUCCUCACGUUGCCGAUGUGAUUUUUCUUGAAUUGUAUGUAACAGGAAAUAAUAAAAUUACCAUAUGAAUA